CAUUACUGUUAAAUAUAGCAUAAUACGAUUUUCAUGCCAUACAUUCUUAAAAAAUGAGAAGGCAUAUUUUAAAAAAAACAGAGAAAAACAGACACUAACAACCUGCUUGUUUUUCUCACAAUUAGUGCCCUAGAAAAAAAGGGAUGAUGGAGAAACAAUCAUUACAUUUCUCAUUAGUAGCGACCUAUGAUAAAUCGAAAGACUCAAACAACCAACACGACUUUGGUGGAAUACCAGAACAUUUAUGUAUUUCAAAUGAUGGAAAACAUUUUUUUACUAGCUCCACUAAGUUUUCGAGUUAUGUGAAAGCUUGGUACCAACAUAACACAACCAUAGUCUAUGCUACUUCAAUCGGACCGCUUGUGGGUGAUUUACAGCAUAUGACAGUAGCUUUGCACAAAUCUAUCCUUUGUGAUGAAACGUUUAAAAAAACUAUCACAUAUCGUUUGGCGACAGUCACUAUCACAUUUAAAGUAAACUUGUGGGAUAUUCACUAUCACGAAAAUAUACAAACUGGUGGUAUUCAAGUCAAUAGCAAUCCUCUGUCAUGUAUUUUAAGUGAAGAGAAUGAGGGUAAAACGAAUGACGCCAUAUCGAUGGUUGAGUUUUUACAAGAUGGAGAAACGCUUGUUUGUGUGGGAUGUCUUCCUUUUCAAAGUAUCUUUUUAUUCAAUACUUCUAAAAAUCAUAUUAUGGCAAAAGUUCCUUUACUUACAUGGAAUCCCACCAUUAAGAACAAACUAUCUAAAAGCCAAAACCCUUUAGAUUCAUUUUCCGUCGAUUCUACAAAGUCCCAGAAAAUCACAAUGUUUAACUUCACCUGUCUAACUGUAGAUAAAAUUCCUUCAACACUUGGUAAAAACCACCCUUCUCAUAUAGGACAUUGGGUUGCGUUAGGAGAUACCGAUAGUAUGGUGGCUCUUUUGUUUUUUUCUAAUAGCCUUUUAGUCUUUUUGAAAGAAGCUACAACCAUUGUGUAUUUGACGCAAAAAGAUGUUUAUUGUCAUGUGCAUCUUUUAUGCUCAUCAAGACUCCCUAGUUUUAAAAUAGUGUUUCGGCCUCACUUAGUCAACAGUUCCAGUUUUCCUAUAACAUCUACAUUGUUUAACGAUGGGUGGAUUCGUCACUGGACGCGUGAAGGCCUUGGGAGCCGAGUGCAGACUGUAUUAGGUGAAAACCAAGGUUCUACAAAAGCUCAUUUUAUCGCUCAUGGCCCUUUAACACUGUCACAUGAUUUUAGUCCAACAGACUCACCUAUUGUUUUGUUAAUAGGCUCAAAUAAGAACCCUAUUUUGUCCCGUCUCGAUUUCGAGACGGAUCAACCAACUCGUGAUGCAACAGAAAACAAAGAAAUUCAAUCUUGUAAUGUUUUAUCCACUUUAAUUGGGUGGAGCACCCGUGUCAUCAAUGGACAUAGACAAAGAAAAAAAUACCUUUUGAUGGAGUUCACUUCUCCAACACUGGCUUAUGUAGAUUGUAGGUCUCGCAACAACUUUGGACAAUUUGAAUGUAUGCAUACUAACACAAGAAGAAGAUUUGUUUUUAAUUCAGUUUCAAACAAAUGAUGCAUAAUCUAUUCCUUCUAUAAUAAUUUUUUUGUUACUUUUAAUAAAAUUAUGCCUUAUAACACAUAAUGUUUUAAGCGCUGUACAUUGAAAUAGCAAUGUUUAAAAUGCCCGUGUAUCAAAAAAAGCAGUCGUAAAAAUGAAUUAGACUAAAAAGAUGACCACGAAAUUUUCGUUUAACAAAUACAAAACUUUUUA